AUGCCGCUGGAUAUUGAGCAGCUCCUCAAGGAAAGAAAAGCAGCAGAGGCCGCCGCGGCCAAGCCUCGCUUCAUCCCCAAGGCCGAGCGAGAGCGCCUCGCCGCCGAGCAGUCCAAGAAGGAAGAGAGCGAGAAGAAGCGCAAGGCCGCCGAGGAGGCGCGCCGCCGCAAAGAUGACGAGAAGAAAUGGCAAGAACGGUCAAACGGGACCCCGGCACCACCCACAGGCGGCCUUCCCCGAGGCUCGGCGCCGGUUCCCACGGGACCGCGGGCCAUGAACCAGCAGCACGGCCGCGGCCGCGACGGACGAGACGGCAAGAAGGCCGAAAAGGGAGUCGGCGAUAAGCGGUCUGCCGAGGACAUCGAGGCGGCCCUGUUGCGGUCGCGGUACCUGGGCCCCGAGGUGAACCAGCAGUCGAGUUUCUCGGCCAAGAAGAAGCGGAUGCGGACGACGGAGAAGAAGUUCAACUUUGACUGGGACGCCGAGGACGACACGUCGAGAGACCACGACCCCCUGUACGCAGAGCAGAGCGUCAACCGCGGCUCCUCGCUCGCGGGCGUGGGCGGCGAGUACGACGACGAGGCGGAGCGGCGGGCGCGCAAGCGGGCGCGCAUCAUCGAGGAGCGCGACCGGGAGCACGGGCGCGAACGGGCCCAGGGCAUCAUGGAGGACUUUUACCGGGCGCGGGACAAGGCGCGCGAGAGGGCCGAGAGGACGGGCCUGGGCCGGCACUGGUCGGACAAGAAGCUCGAGGAGAUGCGCGAGCGCGACUGGCGCAUAUUCAAGGAGGACUUUGGCAUCGCGACAAAGGGCGGCAGCAUCCCCAACCCGAUGCGCGACUGGGGCGAGUCGGGCCUGCCGGGCCGGCUGCUCGACAUUGUGGACCGCGUUGGGUACAGGGAGCCGACGCCGAUCCAGCGCGCCGCCAUCCCCAUCGCGCUGCAGGCGCGCGACCUGAUUGGCGUGGCGGUGACGGGCUCGGGCAAGACGGCGGCCUUUCUGCUGCCGCUGCUCGUCUACAUCUCGCAGCUGCCGCCGCUGACGGAGAGCAACAAGAACGACGGGCCGUACGGGCUGAUCCUGGCGCCGACGCGCGAGCUGGUGCAGCAGAUUGAGAGCGAGGCAAUGAAGUUUGCCGUGCCGCUCGGCUUCCGCUGCGUCAGCAUCGUCGGCGGGCACUCGCUCGAGGAGCAGGCCUUUUCGCUGCGCAACGGCGCCGAGAUCAUCGUGGCGACGCCGGGCCGGCUGGUCGACUGCAUCGAGCGGCGGCUGCUGGUGCUGGCGCAGUGCUGCUACGUCAUCAUGGACGAGGCGGACCGCAUGAUCGACCUGGGCUUCGAGGAGUCGGUCAACAAGAUCCUCGACGCGCUGCCCGUGACCAACGAGAAGCCCGACAGCGACGACGCCGAGAACGCGCAGCUGAUGAAGAGCCACGUGUACCGCCAGACCAUGAUGUACACGGCCACGAUGCCGCCCCUCGUCGAGCGCAUCGCAAAGAAGUACCUGCGCCGCCCGGCCAUUGCCACCAUCGGCAACGCCGGCGAGGCCGUCGACACGGUCGAGCAGCGCGUCGAGUUCAUCGCCGGCGAGGACCGCCGCAAGCGCCGCCUGCAGGAGAUCCUGGCGUCCAAGCAGUUUGCCCCGCCCAUCAUCGUCUUCGUCAACAUCAAGCGCAACUGCGACGCCGUCGCCCGCGACAUCAAGACCAUGGGCUACUCGGCCGUCACCCUGCACGGCUCCAAGACGCAGGAGCAGCGCGAAGCCGCCCUCGGCGCCGUCCGCGCCGGCCACACCCAGGUCCUCGUCGCCACCGACCUGGCCGGCCGCGGCAUCGACGUGCCCGACGUCUCCCUCGUCGUCAACUUCAACAUGGCCAUGAGCAUCGAGAGCUACACCCACCGCGUCGGCCGCACCGGCCGCGCCGGCAAGAGCGGCGUCGCCAUCACCUUUCUCGGCAACGAGGACUCGGACGUGCUCUACGACCUGCGCCAGAUGCUCACAAAGAGCUCCAUCUCAAAGGUUCCCGAGGACCUGCGCCGCCACGAGGCCGCCCAGUCCAAGCCCGUCCGCGGCGGCGGGGGGGCCAAAAAGGACGAGGCGUCGGGUGGUGGUGGAAGGGAUGGCGGAGGUGGCAAGGGUGGAUGGAAGCAGUAG